AUGAUAAAAGAAAUAGUAAAAAGGAAGGUUCUUCAACUAUCGGAUUACUACAACAAGUCUGAAAUUUUGUUUCUUUUGGACUAUAACCUAGAGGGUGGCAAGGAAUUAAGAUACAAGGCGUAUAUCCAUGUUCUGAAUGCACUGAAUGGAGAGAUGAAUGAAAAGAAUCUUACGGUGGGAUAUACUAUUGAAUUACUCCAGGCAGCUCUACUUAUUACAGACGACCUAAUGGACAAUUCGGAGGUGAGAAGAGAGAAGCCUUGCUACUAUCUUAAGAGAGGAACAAAAGUGAUUAAAGACGCUUUUUUUCUUUUAGGAGUUAUAAGAAAGAUGAUAGACAAAAGGAUGAAAAGGCCCUAUUCAUACUCAAUAUUCAAGACCUGUAUUGGACAAACACAUGAUACAAUCCGAAAGACAAGGGCGGAAUACAACAUUGAAGCAUAUACUGCCAUUGCGGAAAGUAAGACAGGUGCCUAUACCUUUUACUUACCUGCCAUCUUUGGGUAUAUAUCUGCCAAAAAGAAGGAGCCAGAGUAUCUUUGGGAUUUCUGUAACCUCGGGGCUUUAAUCUUUCAAAUGCAGGACGAUUAUCUGAAUUUCUUCCCCGAAAAAUCCGGAAAAUCGAUGAAUGAUCUUGAGGAGAUGAAGUGUACCUGGUUUACCUCAAAAAUAUCACAGAUGAAAAAUCCCGCUGUUGAAAGGUAUUUUUCGAAGGGAGAAGUAUCCUCGGAUUUGCUCUCUAUAGUAAAAGAUCUUUUUAAGGAGUAUUCCUUUACUCUUGAUAAACUACUGGCAAGGCUUACCUUUGUGGUAGAUGAAAAUGGGAAGAAAGUACUUGGUGUUUUCAUUUCAUUUCUUGAAAAGAGAGCUCUGGUGUAA